AGCGCAUUACGAGCGGAACGAACUGAAACGUGCUUAUUUUUUCAAUUACACGGCGCUCCCUCAUAAAAAUUCUUAUCUUAAUAAGAUUACUUUCCUCUAGUUAAAUAAGUUUCUUAAAUAUGAGUCAGAUAAAUGAAGAAGAUAAUCAUCUCGAAACACUGCUCUCCCGUAAUAUGGUUCCCAUCAUAGAUUUGGGCCAUUGCGGAAUUGAAGAGAUAUCUAUACCAUCUGUUAUCAAUCGAGUGGGACUACAGCUGCAAAAAGCCUUCACAGAAAAGGGCAUUGCCUUUUUGGUUAAUCAUGGCAUAUCCGAUGACCAGAUCAGAGCAGGGUGGGAGAAGUUUGAUCAUUUUUUGGACUUACCCGCUGAGGAAAGGGAAAAAUAUAACCGAAAAGAGGGCAGUAAUCGUGGCUAUGUGGGACCAGGCAUAGAACGUUUUGAUGGCAAGACUCCAGAACUGCGGCAUGCUUUCAAUAUAUGCAGUCUCGAUCCGGAAAGCCUUCCCCACAAUGAACUGGGCAAUUUAGCCAAAAUAUUAAAGUCACUGGCCAGUUUUAUACUUAAGGCCUUGGCAGCACCGUUGGACAUUCCGCCAACGUUUUUACUCGACACUCACUCGCAGAUGUUGUGCGGCGAAGAUGCAAAUAUGUCCACUUUGCGAAUGCUGUACUAUCCCUCUGUAGUAGAGGAUGAGCCCGGUCAGGAGAAGGAAGUGAUACGUUGUGGUGCCCAUGUGGAUUAUGGAACAUUUACACUAUUGGCUCAGGACUCUGAAGGCGGUCUGGAAGUUAAGCUACCUGGCAGUGAGAAGUGGGAACGUGUGGGCCAUCUACCUGGUGCCAUUCUGAUUAACGGUGGCGAAAUUCUUUCCCUUUGGACACGCCAACGUUAUCAUGCAUUGCCUCAUCGUGUUGUUGUACCUGAACAGAAGUAUAUAAGGGCUCGUAGUCGACAUUCCUUGGCUUAUUUUUGUCAUCCAAAUAAUGCAACUCUGAUAACCCCGAACGCACUAUUCUUCCCAGAUGGCGAUAAGAGCGAAUCUACGUCUAAUGAAAGAGUCUACAGUGCACUUGAGCUAAUACAGAAAAAGUUCAGCGAAACUUAUGGCAAACAGUAGUAGUAAAUAAACGUUAAAUUUUCCAUAUACCCACCCAAAGAAAGCGAAAAUAAUAUUCCGAGUAUAUGUCAACAAAUGAUAACAGUGCUAAUGCUAAUCUUAAAAGUGAAAAUACUUUAUCUAAAAAUUACAAAGACUGAUCAAGAUUAUAAUUAAAAAUGAUAAUAAACAAAUACGAUAUGUUAUCAGUUUA